GGGAGGUUUUGGGGCUAAACCCGCUUUUUCCCGCCCGGUUUUGGUCGCUUCGCUGCGGGCUUUUCCCUCCCCAAAUGAGGUGGUGACUCCCCCCCUACCCCCGCCUUGGGGGGUGCUUCUGCCCCAUCCCUCCCCCGAGCUGAGGCUUCUCGGAAGGACUUUGCAAUGCUGCGGCUCCCUAGGGGAGUGUCCCCCGCAGCGGGGAGGGGGGGGACCGUCCUCCUGCCCCCCCCUCCGCAUCACCACCAGCAGCACCCGAAGAAGGUUAUGUCGGUGAUGGGCUCCUCCGGGCGGGGGGGGUCCAGCCUGGGCAGCCCCCCGUUACCCGCCGGCUGCUUCAGCCAGCUCUACACCCAUGUAAGCGGCCCCGCUCCUCGGGGAGGGGGUCUUUAUGCCACCCCCCAGAGCCCCCAGCUCAGGACCCUCCGCUCGGCUUCAGCGGGACGGCUGCAGGCCAAGAGGAAGCUGGACCUGGAGGGCCCUGGAUUCCGCACGCCCAAGGGGAAGGGCAGGACGCUGGCACAGGUCCCCAGCCCCAGGACUCCCAAGUCUCCCGGGGAGAAAACCCGCUACGACACCUCUCUGGGGCUGCUCACCAAGAAGUUCAUCCGUCUGCUGCAUGAGUCUCCCGACGGCGUCGUGGACCUCAACCGGGCGGCCGAGGUGCUGGGGGUGCAGAAACGCCGCAUCUACGACAUCACCAACGUGCUGGAGGGCAUCCAGCUCAUCCGCAAGAAGUCCAAGAACCACAUCCAGUGGAUGGGAACGGGGCUCUUUGAGGACACGGCAGUGAUGGUGAAGCAGCAGGCGCUGCGGGGGGAGCUGGCCGAGCUGGCCAGGAUGGAAAGGACCCUGGACCAGGUCCUGCAGGACUGUGAUCUGCAGCUCCGGCAGCUGGCUGACAACGAAGCCAACCAGAGGCUGGCCUAUGUCACCUACCAGGACCUCCGUGCCAUCAGCAGCUUCCAGGAGCAGACAGUGAUCGCAGUGAAGGCUCCUCCGGAGACGCAGCUGGAGGUGCCGGACUUCAGUGAGGAUAACUUCCAGCUCCACCUGAAGAGCACCACCAGCCCCAUUGAAGUGUACCUCUGCCCAGAGGAGAUCCUGGAGGAGAGCCCCACCAAGGACCAUGGCGUCCCCUCCACUGCCACCUCCCCACGGGACCACACCAUGCCCCUUUCUCUGCCAAAUAGCCCUGGGCCAGCCCCACAGCUGCCCCACUCCAUCCCUCAGAGUUGGGGGGGCCCAGGAACCCCCUCGUCACCCCCAUCUCUGCCUCUCUAUGUGCCGGGGGGGCCCAGCUUGCUGCUGGAGGUGGAAGCUGGGCUCCUGGGCUCUCCCCACCACCUCCUGCAGCAGACAGAGGACCAGCUGCCCUGCGCCUCCUCCAACCUGGACUUGGGGCCCUUCGUCACCUUCUCACCCCCCCUGGGGCAGGACGAUUACCUCUGGGGGCUGGAGGAUGAGGGCGUCAGCGACCUCUUUGAGGCGUAUGACCUGGGGGACCUGCUGAAGCACUGAGCAUCAGGGACAUUCCCGUUGCCUUUGUCCCCUCUGGUCACUUGUGUUCUGAGCGUGCAGGGUCUCUGCGGGGUGGCUGGACACUGUGGGGUGGGUUGGGGUGAUGAGGGUGGUGAUGGGCGCUCAUGGUGGCUGCCCUGGGUGGCUUCUCCUCGCUCUCCUGGGUUGGUUGUCACCUCAGGGCUGUGUUUGUCACAUCCGGAGAUGUGGAAAGGAUGCAGCCAGGUCCCAUCCCAGCCAUGGGGUGCCAGUGCUGAUGCUCCCCACUAUAAGCUCCCACCACUGUGGGGCUGUUGGUGGUGCCUGUGGGUGCAUGGGGUGGGAUAGGGUGGCAGAGAAACCCCUGUCCAGAACAGGCUGCACUGGGGGGGGGGGUGUCAUGUUUUGGGACCACUGCCCUGUUAUACUGGUUCUUUGGAACCAUGAUGGCACAUUUUGAGCAGUUUCCCACUCCAUGGCUGGAAAAUCCUUAAUAAACCCCAUGGAGAGGGCCUUGGGAAGCAGCGUGGGAUGAGCCCCUGGACAUGGAGCUGGAUAGGGCUUUGCGUUGUGCCAUUGUAAGAUAGAUGUACUUAUUGCACUGUAUUUAUAUGGGCCCCCCUUUGGCACAGCGCUGGUGGGGGUCAGGUUGGCGGGUUGGUUUGCAAGUGAGUGUAUUGAAGUUGUCCUUCCUUUGGGUUGGUUCUCCUGCGGUUUGGCGCUCGGGUGCUGUGGGUGAGAGUGUGUUUUUGGCAUGGAAAAACUUGUGGCAUUUGAUGUUUUCUGCCCGGGAGGGGAUAAAAUGAAAUAAAAGACAACUUUGGUGUUGGAA